UACUGCACGAAAUGUGUGAAAUUUGUGGCUGACGAUUUCUACUUAUAUUAAGUUUUCAAAGUCGUACCACCCCUUUAAUGUCUUCUGAGGCUCCAGAGAUAUCCAACAUAAAUGGACAAGCGUCUCAAGGAACACAAGGCUCUAUCGCCACGCUAUGAUGGCGUACCACUCCGAUAUGAAGACAGCAAACCCGUGCAGACACAGAUGCACACACAUCAAAAUAUCCUGGACAUUGGUCAGAACAUUCACACCCAGUGGGAGGUACAAGCUGAGAAUGAGAGAGAUCAAGCUGUCAGUGCGGCCCAACACAAAGUAUGGCAGGAAGCCGAACACAUGAAGAAUGUAGCAUUGGAGAAAUGCAGAGAACUAGCCAAAGAAGAGAUGGAAAAAGCCAUUGCCGAUCUGAAACACAGACAGGAGAAGGCACUCAAGGAAGAGGCAUUAAGAGUUGAAGGCAUCAUGACGCAGCAGGCCACAGAACAAGUGAAACAGGAGAAACAAGCAGGGCAGACGAUCUUGAGAGAGACCGUGGAGAAGGUACAAGCACAAGGACUAAGAGAGAAAGAUGAGGCGGUGUCACAAGCCAGGAAAGAGGAGGUGGAGAUCGCGAGGGAAGAAGCGGAGAGAGUUGCAAGAGUGACAGCUGACAGAGAAGCAGAAACAGCCAAAUCGAGCGCGGAGGCGAAAUCCAAAGCUCUAGCAGCCUUAGAAGAGCGGAUGAAACGGGAACGCAUCGACGCCGUCCACACCGCACAGAUGGAGGAACGUCACGUUGCCGCCAUUGAGCUAGGUCGAGUCAAAUCAGCCCACCAAUCAGAAAUAGAGAAACUCCAAGAAACAAUCCGGAAUUUGGAAUCGAGGAACGAAGAGACUUUGAAGGAAGUGGAGCGUGAAUGUGAGCAGAAGAAACAGUGGGAAGCCAAGUUCCACAACAUGAAGGAUUCCUAUCAGCUCUUCAUUAACAAAACCAAAGGGUUCGAUUCAGGACAGGCUGAUUUCCUUCUGAAGUGAACUCGGAGUUUUCUGCUUGCCAGAGGGUCACACAAAGUGGGAGAGGUAGCGGUAGGACUGAGAAAAUCGGAAGAGAAAGCUUGUGAUAAAAGAAUUCUGAAAUUGUUUUUCUAGAUUUCCCCUGCUGGAUUUGUUGAUAGUUGUAGAUACUUGGUACGUGUAUUGUGUGUGAGCUUUAUUGCCAUUUGAUCCGUAUUGGGAAAAUGGCAUGUAUUGUGUUUGCUGUUUGCUAGCCGCUUCUUUCAACCGCAAGAAAUGCUUGUUGUCACUCAGACAUUAAUUCGAGCUGCUUUUUGUGCCUGUUCCAGUUGUGCCUGUUCCU